UAUAUAUAUUCUCUUUUCUUUUUUUUUGGUCAAAUUUUUCCUCUUUUCUUGGUACGCAUGUUCAACCCAUUUAAAUCGCACUUACAUGGAGUCAGCAGCUUCUACCGAGUACCGAGCGGUAACCUGGUCCCGUUCCUUUUUGUCUGCUAAAGAUCACAGUGCAGUGCUAAUGGAUCCCAAUCCACCGUUCCUCGCCACCUACAAAGCUCUCUUCGACAGCCGCCAACCGCAGCAAUCCGAUACUGAUCAAAUGGGGGCAGCCGAGGAGUACGAGCUCCCUGUCAUCGAUCUCAGCCAUCUAAAUGGUAAGCCCAAGGAGGAGCAGUGCAAGCGAGACAUCAUGGCUGCUGCCUCCGAGUGGGGCUUCUUCCAGGUGGUGAACCACGGCGUCUCCAGUGGUGUCAUGGACAGGCUACGCGAGGUGCAGGUUGGCGUGUUCCGGCGGCCAUUCGAGAAGAAGGCCAGCGAGAAGCUGCCGGACUUCUCGCCCGAGAACUAUCGCUGGGGGACGCCGACGCCCACCUCCCUCGAGCAGUUGUCGUGGUCGGAGGCGUAUCAUAUCCCUCUCGCGCCGUCCACCGGUGUCGCCAAAGCGAGCACCAGGCACAUAAUGGAGGAGUUCUCGACGGCAAUGUCACGGUUGGCACAUCAACUAGUGGUGAUAUUAGCUAGAGGAUUGGGCUGCGACGGCACGUACAUAAAGGAGAACUGCACAUGUAAUACUUGUUAUUUACGCCUGAAUCGUUAUCCGCCUUGUCCGGUUAAAAAUGGAGUCUUUGGGUUGAUCCCCCAUACCGAUAGUAGUUUCCUGACCAUAGUACGCCAAGAUCAAGUAGGUGGGCUGCAACUGAUGAAGGAUGGGAGCUGGAUCACUGUUAAACCCAAUCUCAAUGCAUUAAUUGUCAACAUUGGCGACUUGUUCCAGGCAUGGAGCAAUGGGGUGUACAAGAGCGUGGAACAUAGAGUCAUGUCGAACCCACAACUGGAGAGGUUCUCAGUGGCAUACUUCCUGUGUCCCUCCUAUGACACAGUGAUACAGAGCCAUGCAGAGCCUGCGAUCUAUAGAGAGUUUAGCUUUGGGGAGUACAAACAGCAAGUCCGAGAGGAUGUUAGACGAACAGGUCACAAGGUCGGGCUUUCAAGAUUCCUUGCUCAAAGCACAUGACCGUAGCCUUGGCUUGUGCCCACCGGAAGAUUAAAAAUGGCAGAGUUUUACCGUUCUUUCAGAGCUCUUGCUCUUGCGAGUUCUCCUAUUUCCCACUUUUUGGCCAAAAAGAGAGAUUUAAUAUUUCACACAGAGAAAGAAGCCUUAACAAGAUUGCAUAUAUUGUGCAAAAACAGGUUUACGGCAUUUGAGAUAAUAUGCUAAAACUUAACGGAAAGCAAAUAAAAGAGAUGCAAGAGAGCGAUUUUGCUUGUUGAAAUAAUGUCAGCGUUUGGUUUGCUCCUCAAGAAAAGAUGCUUCCUAGCUCUGCAUGAUCAUGUUCAAAUAACCUUAUUCCAACUAUCAUCUUUCAUGCAUUAACCUUAACAAGGUAUGGUAGAUCUCAUUGAGCAUUUAUUUUAAUUUCUCGAGAAUAUUGGCCCUUUGUUUAAAGAAGUACAUAACCAAAUAGGCAAUAAGAGUGGCCUAAUGCUAGGUGGACUAGGUUGUAAUAUAAACUAUGAAAGCAGUUUUACAGCUUUUUAGUUUUAUUUAUCAAAGCAAUGCAGUCAGACAUCAUUGAAUAGUGAUAAAUAAAUCAUGGAGUAAAAUGUUUCUAGCAAAUACUUAUUCUAGUCACAGAGCAGCAACAUAUAUUAUCCUCUUGUCUACAAGCAAGUAAUUAAGCAAGAAGUAACAGAAAACAAGUAGAUCCAAGCAAGUAAUUAAACUUCUCUCCACAAUAAUGCCCAUGUAUCAUCCAUUGCUCCACUUAUGUGGCUAGU